CAGAGCCAGGGGACUCAGCUACAUACUUUUGUUCCACUACAGUCAUCUAUGAGCAAACAUAUGGAGAGGGAACUGUAUUAAUUGUCAAAGUUACUCACUCUCUUCAGACUCCGAGUCCAACAUCAUGUCUGUACUCCAGCAGCCUGUGUCUGAGUCAGUCCAGCCAGGAGACUUUGUGACUCUGAACUGUACAAUACACACUGAGACCUGUGCAGGAGAACACAGUGUCUAUUGGUUCAGACAUGGCUCAGAAGAAUCCCGUCCAGGAAUCAUUUACUCCCAUGGAAACAGGAGUGAUCAGUGUGAGAAGAGCCCUGAGGCUGGGUCUCCUACACAGAGCUGUGUCUACAACCUCCCCAAGAGGAACCUCACCCCCUCUGAUGCUGGGACUUACUACUGUGCUGUGGCCUCAUGUGGGAAGAUACUGUUUGGCAACGGGACCAAGCUGGACAUUCAAGAUGGUUGUAAGGAGGACCAUCUUCUGUUCAUGUAUUGCCUUGGCGUAGCGUUGGGUCUGUGUGUCCUCCUCAUCAUUGUCCUUACUUGUGUUUUGUACAAGAUGAACAAGUGCAUAGGAACCCACCUUCAUUCAAGUACUCCUGCAGUCCCCAGUCAUGAUAACCAGGAUCAAGAGCCUGAUACACCCCAUUACGCCGCUCUAAACGUCGUCCACAAGAAACCAAAGUCCGGGAGACAGAGGAGCGCCAUGGAGACAGACACUGUGUACUCUGGUGUGAGACGCCAAAACAUGGACUGAAAUGUCAACCUGUCCUCUUUAAUAACUUGCACUGAUUCUGUGUUUUCCACACUGUAUGUUUGGCUGUGGCUUUUUCAUUGUAAGUUACAAUUACUUACAUUGAUACUGUUGUUCCAUUUUGAUCAAAUAAAACAUUCAACUACUUUCA